CGGAAGUGUGCUAACCCACGAGUCUUCCAUUUAGACGUUGAGCUCAUGAAGCUCUGUCACCGUCAACGCGUCUCCGACUUCUACUCCAGUCCCAGUCAAAGCUCUGUAUCGACGCCCGCCAAUCACUUUCGCCCCAUAACUCUCUACCCAGCCCCAUUAGCGAACAAUCUCAGCUUCAACCUAAGCCGCGAAGUCACCUUGUCCGUGGAUAGUCUUCAAACACCCGUAACUCACAGCUGCAGCACGACGGACAUGUAUCAUGGCAAACGCUUCCUAGAGCCCGUCAGCAGCCUCAUCGACAAUUGCUCCUUCACCAACAGCAUAUUCCACAUGCCCACGCCUCUCACAACACCCACAGAUGAAGCCCGUCCUCCUCUAGGAGCUUCUGAGGACUUACGCUUGCCGCUUAGCGUGGAUUGGGCAGCGGUGUUGCGAAACUUUGAGGCCAAGCAGCAGCGCUUGCUGCUACAGCAUUUAUCCUCCCAGUCGGCAGCCUCUUCCACGGCCAGCAGCAAACUCAGCUUUUCCACGCCAAGUCGCAGUAGCUUCAACGAGCAAUCCUCUGAUGAUAUGGCUUCGCCGCUAUUGGGCUCCUUUGCAUCCCAGCCAUCGCAGGUGGACAGAUUGGGGAGAGCGGCGGGAUCAGUGAGUGUGGGGAGUGAUUCGGAUGCUACCAUUUGCUCAGCUGCUUCUUCGAUGGAGUCCCUCUGAUGACUACCACUAGCUCUUAGUCUAGAUUUAUGCAGAUUCCUGUACGUACUUACGUAAUCCUAUGUAAUAUUUGAAGGGAAAGAAUUCACUGCUGUGCAAUCAAUAAUCUACUUGUAUGUAAUUAUGUAGUUCUACGCACCUUACUCUCGUGUACCUAAUCAUUACAAAUACAAAUACCCCAUGUACAUACUAUAUACAUGCAGAGCAAUACUCGUUGAUCUUCAAGCAGUUGCAUACUAUAUAUCCGAUAUAACCUAUAUAUAUUUAUAUAGAUUAAUGUAUCAAUAUCUAGCAGUUACUAAUGCCUCCAGGGCUCCAGUGUCUAUCACGUUUAUUCUCGGUGUGAUUAAAGUUUUGCUGUUUAAAGUUAA